CCCAGCUAGCCUGAUGCUAACUAGCCGUCAAGAUCGACUCUCGGCAAACCUCUCGCCGGCUAAUGGUUUUAGACGUCUGUUGGCCGCCUUUCAUUCAUGUAGUGUGUAGUAUCAGUGUGAGACAUGCAGGAUAGGUAUAGCGAGAUAGGCUUUGUCCAGCAAAUACUCGGUUUGAAUUUAGUGCCGAGAAAAAAUGGCACACACCGAGGAAACGACACAUCUCUCAGCGACUUCUCAGAGAUGUGGUAUGGAGUUUUUCUGUGGGCGGCGGUCUCCUCUCUGGUCUUCCACCUGCCUGCAGCUCUGCUCUCCCUCGUCACACUGCGCCAGCACAAGAUGGCUCGAUUCAUGCCCAUCGCCAUCCUCCUCAUGGGCAUUGUGGGACCAGUUUGUGGGGGAGUGCUUACCAGUGCAGCCAUUGCAGGUGUGUACAAGGCAGCAGGGAAGAGGAUGAUCUCUUUGGAGGCUCUUGUUUUUGGUGUUGGACAGUCGUUUUGUGUCCUCAUCAUCUCCUUCCUCAGGGUACUUGCCACCCUUUAGCAGUGAUAAGGCCACCUGGCUGGCCCUGAUGCUGCCUGUCUAACACCAGUCGCACCUUCUCUCGACGGGACCUGAGUUCAUCACGGUACAAGACUGGAUUCUUGGCAAAUCCUGCGACACGUGUUGCCGUCAGGCCCGGGACGUGAUGUCAUUUCCUACUGAUGGACAGGACCAGAGUGGAUUUUAUUCAACUGUCAAAGAAAGAGCAGCGUGUAAACUGGUGGAGUGUGUUAUGCAGCACAAAGCCUUCUAGGACAGCACAAUGCUGCAUUCACAUCACAGAGCGUCCACACGCAACACGGUGUAAGCUGUUUAUGUAAAAGUACUGCUAAGCUUGGUAGAACGUUCUCAAUUUGUUCCAAAGUUAAGAGGAAACCACCUUCAAAUAGUCAUUAUGAAAUAAGUUGUUCCUGUAUGAUGUGAGGGCAGCGGGAUGCUGUUCUCCCCUGUUGCCAGGGGUAACAGGUUAGCAGCAGGAUGACACUAACCUUUCUCAGGGGCCGUGUGUGUGUGUGUCUUUGUGUAUGUGUGUCUCUUUCACUAUCAGUCUGACAACAGUUUGACUCCAUGCAAUGACUGCAGAGAGACAGAAUACCAGGCAGGCUGAUGCACUGUUGACACAGGAAGACGAUGGUUAUAUGCAAGAUUCUGGCUUUUUUCCGUGAGGCCUUAAUUUCUAUAUUCUAACUUCCAAAGUGGUGUUUAUCUUCAGGGCUGUCUUUCUUUAACACUCUGUCUCUUGCUGCUCCUUUUGUCCUUCCUCUGGUUUUUUGUUCCAAUCAAUUCAAGGCUGACUGCCUGUGAGUUACUGUUGAUUCCAAAUGAGUUCCCUUCUAGCUUUCCCAGCUCAUUUAUUUUUAGACAAGAAUUCAAGUAAAGAGGGUUUUAUAGAUAAACCUUUUGUCGAGUCCUGAUCACAGCCCUGCAAAUGCAGCCAAGCGAAUGUCUUCACAGUUUCUCUGCUCAGCUUCUUGCUUUGUUUGCUCCUUUCAAGUGAAUCGAUCAGAGGUUUGAACGCUGGGCGCUGGGAUGGUCAGAUUAUUAAGCAAACCCAAAAAUGACUUUAAAAACCCUCUUUUCCUUUCGCUCUUUGAGUGGUUGUUUGUCUUACAGGUGUGUUAUUUUGUCACAUUGAACUGAUUUUAUUUCCAGGUCUUUGUAGCUUUUCAGUCUUUAUGACCAAAUAUAAAUUGCGGUUUUAUUUUUCUCCACUAAAUGUGCAUACAAUGUUUCAACAGAAGUGCACUCCCUUGUAGUUUUUCUGGGCUCAUCACCUUCCCACAGUCUUCACUGACUGCUUCUAGUUGCUUUUAGUAGCUGAAAGGUGCUUUGGAGUUAGUAUCGUACAUGGUAAACGCUACAUAUAAUACUAUAAUUUUUUUAAUGGAGCUUGCAAGUGAUGCUGUUUGCUGUUUCUGUAUUAGCAAUUACUUAGUCAUGAUUUAAAACUACAGUAGCUGCUGAUACCGCCACCAGAAAUGUAUUUGUUGUUGGCCACAGGGCAGGAGUCACUUUUCGCCUUGAUUUUAAUUUGAUUUUCACAUCUUCGUCUUGCUGAAAAGCUGCUUCUGUCAACACUGUGUCGUCCCACAGAUCCACAGUUGUGAAGAAGGAAACUCAACAGAAUGUUUCCAGAGAUUAGAAAUUGUUUUUCAGUUUACCAAACCAUUAUGCAAAACUUAUUUUGAAGAUUUCGAGCACUGAGUUUCAACUUAUUGAAGCCCCCCCCCCCCCCCCCUUUCUGUCGGAAGACUCGCUUUCUUCCUGUGAGACUUAAUUCUGGUUCAGAUUGUUUUCUAUUCAACAUUCCAAUUAGAAAUAUUGUUUUCCUAUAUUUCCCUCUUAACACCUCAAUGCUCCCACCCUGCGAUAGUGCUUAAACAUGAUCAGACACUUCCACCGACUCCAGCCGUCACACUGAACUGCUGCUGUGUUUGUAUACGAGUGUCUAUCAUUGCAACCAGUUGCUUGGAAGCCGGUGGGCCAUUUUUUCAUGUUAGUUAACUAGUUAUUUAAACAGUACAUGCAGACUUUGAACAGGGAUUGGGAACUCUUCUGAUCCAUGCGGUGGUAAAGAGAGAACUAACAGCAGAUUUUCUCAUAAUCCCCUGAAAGAAUUUCUUUUACCUUCUAAACCAAAGAUGGCUUGAAUUCUUCAUGCGCACCCUGAGCUUCACUGGCUCCACUUCAGUUCUGUCUGAAAGAAUAUUCUCAAAAAUGCAUGUAAAUAUGCAACAAAUUGAAUUGAAGAUAGAAUGUAAACUGUUUGUGUUUAAGUUAGUUGUGGGAAUUAAAAUCAGUUAAAAAUGAGUAGACGUUUAUGACAACACGCUAAGAUUGUGAGGAGAAGACGGCACAAGUUCAGCACCCAUGGGGCCAACAGUGGGACCAGGAGUGUUUCUGGACAGCGUUCAAAAUGUUGAUGAUACCUGUUCCCUGAAGACUUAAGACCAACAGCAGAGGACAUUUUUGCUUUUGUCUCAUUGUAGACAAUUUUUCAUCUAUUGGGGAUUCCCUGCCACACCAGACCACAAACUUCAUUUUAUUUAAGUGAACAUUUGAGUUUGAUUUUCUUUUCAGCUGUGGAGAGCUCAGUGUGCUGCAUCGCACCGUGCACGCGCAGGUGCAGUCAUUCGAUGGGAGAUGCAUGAAAGCAUACAUUUUAGUUCGUACAGAGACUUAGUGAUGCAGUGGAAAAUCAAAGCACCUCACUGAAAUGUGCAGCUGAUGCAGAAAGGAAUGAGCCUUGUUUCAGAUGAAGUCUUGUCGACCCCUUGGCCUUGCUUUUAUGCUGUACAUUUUUGGAGAAUGUUUAUUUUUUUAUGGUUGUGUAAUUUCGCUCUUUGAGCAUUUGUGCGCUCUCUGGUUCUGUUACAGCAGAACAUGUUAGGGGGUCAACACCGUGGGGGUGGGGCGUAAACUCUGACAGUUUACGAAGGCAGAACAGUCGCCGCUGGCCCUUUUUGCAAAGCAUCUCUGUGUUGGACUUACAAUUCAACUUGUUGUCAAUCAAGAUACAAACAUCCCCUGUAUGUUUCUACAACCUCUGCCGGCUGCCGCGUGACGGUAGUGGUCCGAGGAGCAGAGGGCUCGUCACGCUGAGGCUGGGAAGCUCAAAUGCUGUUAUGAAAGGGAUAAAGUUGAGCCACGUGUACUUUUCAUUAGAGCAUUUGACCUCCCACCCUGAGUGUGACGUCAGAGGAAAAUGGCUGCUGUGUGAAAAUGGUCUGUAUUAAAGAUCCCCUCCACAUGAAAAAUAAAAAUUGUUUAAUGUGUGUCUGACAAAAAAAAAUAGAAUCACCACAUUAAAAUACUUGAAAUGACACCUACUCCCUCAUUGAAUUUAGCAGUAUAUGAAGGUGCAAAUAUCCAAAAGUUUAACUGCUGAACACAAGAUGUCCUGCUUCACUGUGUCACACCCACCACUUCAACACGUCACACUUGUCUGUGCUGAAUAUUGGGCCAGGAUUGGCUUCCAAACUAGUUGUGAUGUCACUAAUCAUGCUUGUAGGCCUGCCUCUUGAAAUAAGAAAAAAAAACCCAGAUGUGUACAAUGAAUGUGGAGAAAAACUAUUAGCAUCAAACUGCACAGUGAAGCUCAAACAUUCAGCUGCAAGAACAUGAAGAAAAGCCUAUUUUUGACUGGAGGGGGACUUUAAUAAAGGAGCGACUGUACAGCAGUGGGGGCUUGGCCUCAGGACUGGACUUGAGUCAGUGAGGGUGAUUAAAUUAAAUGAAAUUCGUAAUUUAACCCACCUGUAACUCUCAAAUGAACUAAUAUUGAAGGCACCUGCCUUUCAUCCCCCUUAUAUAAUGUCAGCAUAAAUGAGGGUUUAGUCAGAAAGAGCCAUGGAAGAGAAAAGAGCAAACUUUUGCCAGAUGUAUUAAUGUAAGUUCCCUCUGACUGACUACCACACUGUAAGACGUGGCAGGUGAAGUAAAGGUCAGAAUAAAAUGACAUAUGUCAAGAUGAUACUGAAUAUCUGCUGUAAUAGAACCAUUAACUUCCACAUGGUGUGGUCCACAUUCCUGGACUGACUUUGUUCCAGUUUUACCUGAUUCAAACGGUUUUCAAAGUUGAUUUUAUUAGAGUAAAGUAAGUGCCAAUGGUUAAUAUUUUCGUGGAAUAAAAACGUUU